GUUUCUUUUUCUCCAUCCAUGGCGAAAAUUACAGAUCUGCCAGAAGCCAUCCUACAACAAAUAUUUUCUUUGUUGAGAUCCGAAGGAGAAGGAAUCAAAGCCAGCUUAUGUUGUAAACCAUUGAUGAACGCCUGGCUAACCCGACCCGAUCUUGUGUUCGAUUUCGAUCAUCUCCUGCGCUGUUGCGAUUAUGAAAACCGAAGGGAAAUCUUCGAAGAGGAUGUAGAAUACCAGCAGCUGUUGGAUUACUUGACCCGGACACUGAGAAGAUACCAUCAGGGGAAGGUACCAAUUCGAUCUUUUACAUUUAAACAUGGUCCCUAUAGUUUCCAGAAACGGAUCGUGAAGCCCCAUGUUCUGGAGGAAUGGGUCAGGCUUGCUUCCGAAAACGGAGCCAAAAUACGAUUGAAUCUGUUAUAUGAUUGUUAUUUGCCCCAAAACUUUUGGGAGUGGAAGAAUCUCGCAGAGGAUCUAAUGUCUUACUGCAAUUCAAUUGAGGAUAUGGAGAUUCUGUUCUGUACUGGGUUGAAGAAGAUUGUCACUAAUAAACUUCCACGUCUUAAGCGAUUCCGCUUUCGCGGCGAUGUGGACUACUUCACAUUGGAAAUUCAAUCGCCAAGCCUUGAGUUUCUUACAGCAAAAAUGCCUGGUUGGAACGGAAAACUCACUUUACAUCCAUGUCAGAAUCUCAAGUAUUUACGCCUCAAGAAUUUCGUUGUUAAUGCCGGAAACAGAUUCUUUGAAGACUUGGAUAAUUAUUUUCCGAAUCUGCAGUCUCUUCGGCUAGGUCGAACCUGUGUUAUACGCUGUGAUUCUGAGGACAUAUCAAAAAUCAAAGUGUCAAGCUCUUCACUGGAAAGAUUGCAGCUGAAGCUGAUACAUGAUCUGGAUGACAUUUUGGUUCGUGCUCCUAGAUUGAAUGAAUUCGUGUAUCAUGGCUACGCUACCGCUGAUCCAAAUAUUAUUGGUGCCUCAAGCCUGCGGACUUCCACCCUCAAGAUUGUGCCAUCUUAUGUAGAUUAUAGGAGUAACAGGUGUAAGUACUCUUUUGACAGAGUGAAGGAACUCAUAAAAAAAUUUGGCCAGUCUAGACUUUCUUUAGUCCUGAAAUCUCGUCAGCAUUCUGUGAUUAACUUAGGUAUGGAACAGGUAAGAGAUGAUGAUCCUCAUAUUCCAGCUAUUGAAAGAUUAUCAGUGGAAGGUGAGGGGAAUGAGGAGUCCUUGAUUUCUAUGUUGGAUCGCUGUUUCUGGUGUUGUCGUCCCAAAAUCUUAAGCGUAAAAUGGUGGGGUUGCCUGAAUGAUGUAGACGGCGGAGACCCCUUCUUGGAGAGGGCAAUGAAGACCGAAUAUCAAGAUCAUGAUCAGGGUCACAUUAAGUUUUGGCAGCGAGACCUGAAAAGAGUACAACCUCAGGCUCUUGAUCAUCCCAAUCACGAAUCUGAUGGUCGCCCAAAGGAUUUUCUUCACUUCUUAUACACGUUGGACUGGGACACACCAUCAUCCUCAACAGCAACAGAAGAAUGAGGAGGCCUAAAAACUUUAAAUGACAGAUUUCAUUUGUAGUACAACUUAUCCUGUCGUUUUGAUUUUACAUAGGUUUAUGAAUUUCUAAAAUGUUGAAU